AUGUAUAUAUUCCGCCUUUCACGCCGUCUGCCCGUGGGCAUGGCGACUGCAGGCAGCGCAGCGAGCCGCAGGGACCCCGGGCGACCCUGUCCUUUCUCCAUCGAGCACAUCCUCUCCAGCCUGCCGGAGCGCAGGCCCGCAGCGCGGCCGCUGCAGCCCGUCGGUGGUCGGAACCCAGCCGAGCAAGACGAACCCGAAGCGCCAGUCCCCGCUGCUCCCUGCGCCUGCUGCUGCUGCUGCACCCCGCGCGCUGCACCCCGCGGAACCCCGGAGACGGCAUCUGGACCGGGCUUGCGGCUAGCGUGGCCGCUGAGGCUGGCGCCCGCGUCGCCCUCCCCCUUGACGGCGCCGAGCGCAGGCUCCCCGGCACUGACCGGCACUAGCGGCCCCGGCCCGCAGCGGCGCACGCGGCGCCACCGCACCAUCUUCAGCGAGGAGCAGCUGCAGGCGCUCGAGGCGCUCUUCGUACAGAACCAGUAUCCCGACGUGGGCACGCGCGAACGCUUGGCGCUCCGCAUCCGCCUGCGGGAGGAGCGCGUGGAGGUCUGGUUCAAGAACCGCCGGGCCAAGUGGCGACACCAAAAGCGUGCUUCUUCAUCGAGGCUCCUGCCUGGGACUAAGAAACCCCACAAGGAGAGUGUUGAUGGUGUCUGA